AUGGUUCUGGUCGAUCUUGCUCGGCGUCUUUUAUCAACUACACGAACUUUACGUAAUGCAACAAUUAUUAAUGAACAAAUUUUAAAUGAAGCUUUGAGCGAAAUUUGUCGAGCUUUAUUAGAAGCUGAUGUUAAUGUUCGAUUAGUUAAAAAAUUACGUGAGAAUAUCAAACAAGCAAUAAACUUAGAAGAAACUCCUGUAGGUUUAAAUAAAAGUCGGUUAAUUGAAUCACUAGUUUUUAAAGAACUCGUUAGAUUGAUUGGUUCUGACGUUAGAGCAUGGCAACCAGCGAAAAAUAAAGCGAAUAUUGUGAUGUUUGUUGGUUUACAGGGUAGUGGAAAAACAACAACAUGUACAAAAUAUGCCUAUCAUUAUAUGAGACGUGGUUGGAAAACAGCGUUAGUAUGUGCUGAUACAUUUCGUGCGGGUGCCUUCGAUCAAUUGAAACAAAAUGCAACGAAAGCACGUAUACCAUUUUAUGGUAGUUAUAUAGCAAGUGAUCCAUUACUGAUUGCUCUGGAUGGUAUUGAAACAUUUCGUAAAGAUAAUUUUGAAUUGAUUAUUGUUGAUACAAGUGGUCGACAUGCACAAGAAGAAUCGUUGUUCGAAGAAAUGCUUCAUAUUUCAAAUGGAAUUCAACCUGAUAAUAUCAUUUUUGUUGUAGAUGCUAGUAUAGGUCAAGCUUGCGAAUUACAAGCAACAGCAUUCAAAUCAAAAGUCGAUGUCGGUUCAGUAAUAAUUACUAAGCUUGAUGGUCAUGGUAAAGGUGGUGGAGCUCUGAGUGCUGUUGCUGCAACAAAAAGUCCAAUUAUAUUUAUUGGUACAGGUGAACAUAUUGAUGAUUUUGAAGCAUUUGACACUACACAAUUCGUUGGUAAAUUAUUGGGUCAUGGUAAUAUAGUAGGCUUAACUGAAAAAAUGCAUGGACUGAAAUUAGAAAAUAAUGAUAGAUUAUUUAGAAAUUUAACAAGCGGUCAAUUUACAUUACGUGAUAUGUAUGAAUUGUUUCAAAAUAUCGAGAAAAUGGGCCCACUCGGACAGAUACUGGACAUGAUUCCUGGACUCGAUAUAGAACUUUUAUCCAAAAGGAAUGGACAAGAACCACAGGCGCGCUUGAAAAAAAUGAUAUGUAUUAUGGAUAGUAUGCAUACUAAUGAACUGGACUAUUCUGACGGAUCAAAACUCUUUCAAAGUCAAAUCGGUCGCUACACUAGAGUAGCUCGUGGUUCUGGUGUUUCAAUACAAGAUGUUAAAGAUUUAUUAGGACAAUAUUCAAAAUUCUCCAAAAUUAUUACAGAGAUGUGCGGCAUGAACGGUCUUCUUCGACCGGGUGGCACAUUGAGUUCAUCGUCGAUGAUGCGAAAAUUUCAGCAAUAUGGUUUACCAACUGAUCUUGUCAAAAAUUUUGGUGAUUUUAAAUGA